CGUUCGACAUCAGUCAAGAGUGCGUUUUCCACGAGAGAAGAAGCGCUGCGUCGUGCAUUUUACACGAAAUUCUCGGGUUUCUUGAGAUUCCUGCACUUUGGUUUCUCCUUCGCAUUGCAGGAUCGUGAUUUUGCAGUGCUCGCGAUACAAAAUACGAAAGACUCGUCUUCUUGUCAAGAAAAGCGCCGUCGUAUAGUAGUAGUAAAACGCCUGUUGUAGUAUUCGCGUUAGGAUUACAUCGUGUCGUACUGCGUUCGGGAGGAAAAGAAAAAGAGAACUGAUGCAGUGGUAAAGAUUUUUUUCUCGAUGCUUUGACGGUUUUACGCGUUAUUCAGCGGCUGAUGAACGUUCAUCUCGGGGAAUCGAUUCAUUCACUUACGUGACUCGUGUGGAAAGAGGAGGGACGAGAGAAUAAAAAUUCUCAACCGUGUUGGUCGCCAUUGUUGAUGUUUUUUACAAGAAAUAUUACAGCUAAUUUGCUGUUUCUCCGAUUAUGAUAGUGUGUCGGUCGGCUUGUUUCGACAUAUCACGUAACGGGGAAUGAUUUACCAUGAAUACAAGCGUUUUAUGAAAUCAUUUGAUCUGACAUAGAUUUUGAUCUGUACAAGAAUUUGAAGAUGGAGUCCUUGGAAAGGAAAGACGCGAGCACAGGGCCAGAGGAGCCCAUAAAAGCAGAAGAUGUUGUGGCAAGUCCAAACACCAGUGAAAGGAGCAACAAUGCAGCUUCGCCACCGCCGAACUGCAGUAUAUGUUUGGGCCAUUUAAUCAACAUGUCCUUCACCGACAGCUGCCUCCAUCAGUUUUGUUUUUCCUGUUUGCUACAGUGGUCUAAGAUAAAGACAGAGUGUCCACUGUGCAAACAAACGUUCAAAUCUAUAAUACAUAAUGUGAGAUCUCAAGAGGAUUAUGAUCAGUAUCAUGUACAGCGUACAUCACAGGUUGCUGCAACGCUGGAUGUUACGGCUGAUAUCCAUAUCAGCGGACAGUGGAAUAUUCAUCCAUUCGAACGACCCUUUUUUUACAGAACAACCAUGGGAGCUCAGGCUCAUCGCAGAUAUGGGAUGUUGUUAAAUCCAGAGGCUGUAGCACGACGUGAACAGAUUCCUAGUGUUGCACCUCAAGUAUCAAAUGAAGAAAGAAGGCGUAGACACGCUAAUCCCAUUGAUUACCGUCGCACAGUUUAUAGGCACGGAGUUUGGGCAGCGGCAUUACCAGAUGCAUUUGGUCGUUUUCGUGAAUCCAGUGCAGAGUUUUACAGGCGACAUCCUUCAGAAGUGAAUAGACUGAUUCCAUGGCUCAAUCGGGAAUUACAAGUCUUGCUAAAUAACAACAGACCUCACAUUGCCUAUGUUAUGGGCGUCAUUACGGAUACUCUUACGCAGUAUGAUAUCCGCAGCGAUGAAUUUCGAAAUACCGUGCGACAGUAUUUUGGAAUUCACACGGACCAUUUUGUGCACGAACUUUCAAAUUAUGCGAGAACCAAUUUCGAUUUAGUUGGAUAUGAUCAAGCUGUUAGUUACAUUCCAUCCAGAGGACUAUCAAAUGAAUACGUUCAUAGACCACUAUCUCCUACGCUCAGCACAAGCAGCACAUCUUCGAAUGACUCGGAUGUAUAUGUAUUGCCUGAUUCAAACAGUAGAAUAAGCUACAUGCCGCAUAUGAUUGACGCUCCAGGGCCAAGUACUGUAGGACAAGUAUUUAGAGUAGGCCAGCCGCCUUCUUCGACACCGGAUGUUCUUACUAUAUCGUCAACUUCUUCGUCGUCUGAAAACGAAUGUGAAGUUAUUGGAUACGUCAAACCGCGUCACGAAAGAACACCUGAAAUUAUCGACUUGUCAUCAUCGGACGGAGAAAAUCGUUUUGCUAGUACUACGUCGAAUGAUAAUUCACGAGCUGAAGCUUUGCUACCUCUUAAAGAAGAAAAUUUACCAAGUACCUCAUCGUCUGCUGGCGACGCCAACAGUGCCAAUAGUCGUACUCGCCGACGCAUCGACGAUUCUGCAGCCGCAGUUCAAAUGUACACCUACUUAGACUCUACUUCGGAAAGUGAUAGUGGCGAAAACGACAGUGAUUACAACCCGAAAAGUCGCAAAUCUCGACGCCAUAAAACAAGCGGUUCGAAGAAGUCUUCGAAAGCGGCUCCACGCAAACUUCGAUCACAUAAACGAAAGUCAGCAAGUACUCAGCAAAAGCGCAACAAGGAAACGCGAAGUCGUUCCUAUUACUCGAGCGGCGAUGAGAGCGAUAACGAAAGCCCGCAACGUGGCGCCUCAAGCUCUAGAGCAAAAAAGCGAUAUUUGUCCAAUAAGAGCUCAGACGCCUCGGAGACGGAUAAAGUAUCAAAGAAAAAGAAGAAGAGCAAGAAGUCCACAUCAUCAAAAAAGACCAAGAAGCGCAGGGCGACUUCGAGCACAUCCUCCAAAACGACGCCAUUGCCAAUGUGCGAGCACAGCAGCAUCUACAGUAGUAAUUCAUGCAAUGAUAGUGAACCGGAUAACUCCAAGAGUAGCUUUAGUUGCCCAAGGGAGACGAGUAAAGCGUCAGGCACGACAAAUUAUCAUGACUACACGUCAGAAGAACCGUCGGACAACGACAAAUCCUCUUCGAAGAGCAGCAGCGCACAGAGGCAGGAAAGCAAGGCCAGCAGUAAAUUUGGUGACUCUGACCUCUCAGACUACAGAAGAUCCGAGUCAUCGAGGCGCUCAUCCACCGGCAGUUACGAUAGCCGGAAGAUCGCUGAUAGACUACAAAACAUGCAAGAUGACAGCCGCCAUUGCACUAGUGACGAUGAAAUAGGCAGCUCGCACGGUAGCAGUUGUUCGGAUAAUGAAUCUGAUUCUGCAAGCCUUGAUCCUAAGAGAAAACUGAGCGGCAGCAAGUCUAGAGCGAUGGCGACGUCAUCGGGACAGACUACUAGUCAAUCAAGCGAAAAAUCUAGUGCGACGGCGUCAUCGUCAAAUUCUAGUUCGAAAAGUGGCGCGUCCUCGCCUACCGAACAUUCCUCACAGUCCAAGUCCAGCAGAGACCGACACCGAUCUCACAAAAAGCGCAAAGAGUCUAAGAAGCGAAAAAGGUCUCAUAGUUAAUUAUUUACAGUGAGAUCAAGAGUUGUAUCUAUUUUUUAGAACGGAGUGCGAUAGGAAUGAGAUUUUAAAAUGAUUUUCUUCCUUUUUUAUUAUAUGAUAUUCAUUUGUACAUUUAUUAUCAGUUUUUUUACUUCUUUUUAUCAUAAAAAAAAAUCGAGCUUUAGUACCGAGAUUUUUAUUAUGUUAUACUUUCAGGAUAUUAGUAUCAGGAAUAAUGUUCAAUCAUGUAUAAUUAUAACAUCAAAUAUGUUUAAGUAAAUUAAAUUUUCGAUGAUUAAAAACUAUUUUAAUCGAUGCUUGGAAUUUGGAGCUUGAAGUACACAAAUUUUGUGUCCUUUGUAAGGAGUUUGGAUUUCAGUAUCUCUUAGUUUCUCCUAGCUUCUCUUUUAGUUUUUUGUAAAAACCACAUAAAUAAUAUUUAGACUUGUUUAUGAACAUGCAUUUCACACUUUACAAAUAUUGUAUAUAUAAGCUAUUUAUUUUAAAAUCCAAUCCUGUACUCCUGCAAGCCCAUUGAUAAUUGAACAAAGAAUUCCGAUAUUGUACUGUUUCGAUUGAAGAAUGAAUUAUGAAAAGUGCGUUUUAGACAAAUUAAAAACUGUCAAAGUAUGCGAAAGUGAUACAAAAAGCUGCAAUUACAAUCGUCAACAUUUCACUAACGAAGAUAACAAUUUUUUAUUUUUAUUGUUAUGACUUUAUGGUAAAUCAAGUAAAGUAAGACUUCAUUUUCCGAAGAGAUGUAUAAAUGUGCACUACUUGAAAAUUGGUGAAAAUUCAGGUUUUUGCAGUAAUUUUUCAAUUGUCCACACCAAGUACAAUUGCUAAUUUGUUGUCAUUUAACAUAUUUACCGUUUCUUUGGGAAUUAGGAUAAACGAAAUAGAUUAAUUUAUACGAUUUCUGUAUAGAAUAAUGACAAUUAUUAUUUUAUGAAUUUAUUUUUGCUCCUUGCAUUUUGUACAAAUUUCAAUAAACAAAUAAAAUAAACAUUUUACAGCCUCGCGUAGGCAGUGCAAAAAUACAUCAAAGGAUUCUAGAAAUACUUAAACAUCCCAUAAAUAUAUACUUGUUUUUUUAAUUUAUAUAUAAAUAUAAAUCUUAUUUCUUUGAAAAUAAUUAAUUAUAAACAGUUUAUGGAGUAUGAAAAUGAACAUGAUCGUGUAUAAUAAUAUACAUGAAAAUAAUGAUGUAUAACUACUAUACAAAGUGGAAUCCCUCCUUGUUGAAGACUUGUAACACCCUGAAACAAGCAAAUUUUAUUAAGGCGACAAAUACGUUUAUUAUUUAUGUAAAAAAGCUGAUUGGUGAUACAUACUUGAUAAAAUCAUCAAUAUCCAUUGUUCGGGCUCGUAA